AUGGCCGCCGCAAAACCUCGCCCAUACCGGCGCAUUCUCACCUCUGCGCUACACCGGAGAUUUGUUCAUGCAUCAGCACUCUCAGUUUUGGUCUGUUAUAUAAUCUCCGUUGUGAUUGGUGAUAAGUCUUCAUUAUUCUGGGCCCUGUUCCCAAUCGGAUCAUGCGGUAUUCGCGCCGUCCUUCUCUUCAUAUCUCCUCUUUCCGUAUUCGUCCUACGGGUUGGUCAAAUGCACAUUGGCUCGAGAACGACCGCUUCCCCGCUCCAGACUUUCAAAUACCUAUUCCCGCUUCACGUCAUUCAAACCUUUGCGUGGUAUAUUUUCUCGGCGUGGUGGUUCAGCGAAGUAUACAAGUGGUCCUCACCCGUUAGUGCGCAACUAGAAUGGGUGAAGCGAGGCAGCCCUCAUGAGCGAGCAACCUUGAACGAACGGCCCAUAUAUAUCUACACGUAUCAUCUACUCUUGGCGGUAGCACAGUCUCUAUUUCAUCUAUACAAUGACUACGAUCGCAUUCCCAUUCCGGUUGCAAAACAAUCCACCACCGACGGCACGGAACAGAGCACGCAUUCGACGCAGGCUAUUUCAAAGCGCCUCCAGGCAGGUCUACCGCAGGUCGUAAGAGGCGGUGUUUUAAGGAGCACGAUUGUAGCGUGCAUAUGCCCUGUGGCAUAUAGUGCCUUUUUAAGACGGCGGGCUUGGAGCUACACCAUGUCGUUUGCUAAGCUAUUUUGGGAUUUCCCCAGGUCUGCAGCUGACCCCCCAAGCCUCAUUCUUCCGAUUAAACCGCCUCUCAUUGCACGGACUAUGCUUUCGGGUGCUCUCCUGGUUCUAUGCUGGCAGACCACCAACCUGUUCUUUUCGAUCUUCCUCAGCCAGGAACCUUUGAAGAGAGGCCAGCCGUUGACAGCAGAGGCCAAAGACCCCAAUGGAAGCUUAUUGAACGGAUUAAAGGCAAAGAAGGAAACGGUUCGCGCGUUUGCAUUCCGGGAGUUGUCGUUCAUCAGCCAACAGUUCCCCGACCGACGAAAGGCAAUCUUCAACGACAUCGAUCGUGAGGGUGGUUCAGCGUGGACACAAAUCUUGCAGUCUGCCACAGAAAUUGUCCAAGGCAUCCCAACCCGCAUUAACGAGAAGCAGUCUGAAGCUGCAGGUCCUAAACCAUCAGUGACGGAGACGAAAUCUGAGAAGCCUGUCCUUCACACUCUGCCCCGUCUGACCGAUCCGGUACAAGAAGGCAACAUAUUCGCUACUUCCCCCAAGCCCCGCUCAACGCAAGGAAAAAUUGAGGAAGGUUUUAGCAGCACCUUCAGGUCAUUGGGCGAAUCGCCAGAUUGGACACCGAAGGCACGAGCGCGAGCCCGCGAUGCCUUCGACCGCGCCUCUUCUGCGAUGCUUAGUCCUGAACGGAAACAGAAACUCCUUGCCUCAUCCCAGGACUUGAAGAUGCUCACCGGCGCCUCAUCCAGCAGGCCCGAAAACAUCAAUCCGUUCAUCACAAAACUACUUCGCUCCCCAAUAGGCCUCUUCAUCCGACAAAGUUACGCCCGCCGCCUCUCCGGCAUUAUCCUAGGCACCCCCACCGCAACCCUUUCGUCCAUAAUCGACGCCAUCGAAUCCAUCACCCGCCUUCUCAUCGCUAGUCUCCAAGAAGACCCCUACGGCAAAGUCCAGGCUGACGUUCCCGGCAUCGUGCGCCUCUUCACAGAAACAUCCGUGGCCCUUGAGCAGUACGCCCAUGCCGGAUUAGACAUCCAUUGGACAGACGCCUCAUUCCCGCCAUCUAACGAUCCUGUCGCUCAAGCCGCAGCUCGUCUUGUACCAGAUGUAGAGCUCGUCAUUGACUCGCUCAAGGGCUCUCUCGCCAACCUUUUGUCUGCUUUUGACCCCUAUCUCAGAGACAUUGGUCUCGUAGGGAAGGAUCUGCGGUUAGCGAAGGAAGCUGCGGGAAUCGUUGAGGAGUGA